AUGCUAAGCCAGUUUAUGAAAUCACCCACUAACCAUCAUAAUCAGGUUGUGCAACAUGUUCUUAGGUAUUUAAAGUCUAAGCCUUCGGAGGGAUUGUUCUUUGGAACGGAUUCUCCAGUUCACCUAAAAGCCUUUAAUGACUCAGAUUGGGCAACAUGCCCAAAUACUAAAAGGUCCACUACAGGGUUCUGCCUAUUUCUUGGAUCAUCCCUCAUUUCGUGGAAGUCCAAGAAACAAAGCACCAUUUCUAGAUCUUCCACAAAAGCGAAAUAUCGUGCCCUAGCAGCCACUGUGUGUGAGAUACAAUGGGUUCACUAUCUCCUACAGGAUCUGCAAGUUCGGGAAGCAGGAACUCAUGUUCUGUACUGCGACAAUAAGUCGACGAGACACAUAGCUCACAACCAGAGCUUUCACGAAAGAGCCAAGCACAUAGAGCUUGAUUGUCAUGUUGUUCGAGAAAAGAUACAGGUGAAUCUCCUACGGCUUCUUCCAAUCCAAUCUGACGAGCAACUGGUCAACUUCUUCACCAAAUUUCCCCAUCGUGUACGGUUCAAAUCCAUAGUCCCCAAGCUUGGAUUAGUGAGCAUACACCAUCCAUCUUGA